AUGAGCACUGACAGUAGCGGCGAUGAGGCGCCCAAAAGGACACGAGCUAGAAAGGAAAAGGUGGUAGAGCUGAUCGAGAUUGACGGCAAACAAGUGAGCAAGACGUCUACGGGCAAACGGAAAUUCCACAACAAAUCCAAAAAUGGGUGUGAUAAUUGCAAGCGACGGAGAGUUAAAUGCGAUGAAGGAAAACCGUCUUGUAAAAAAUGUCUGAACAUGAAGCUGGAGUGCGUUUACACACCUGUGCAACCACGGAAGAGGAAACAUACCCAUUCAGAAACUCCUACGCUUUCUGAGUCGCCUCAUACGCACCACGCGGCUGGGACAAGUGACGACGGAAUAGUGCUGGCAGCGGCAGAGGAAGAAGACGGUUUGAAAUCGGACAAAAUCAAGUCGACGGAAAUCCACCGACAGCCUUCCGUCGCACCUCCCAACGCAUCUCAGAUAGGGUCUCCGGACGGUUUGCUUCUGCCGCCUCUCUUUCCGGGCGGACACAUGCAAAUACAUCACCAGAUUCAGCAGCAGCCGCAACUGUUACCGCAGUUGAUGACUUUGACUAAUUCUGAGAGAUUCGCCGGGUUUGAUCUGCCGAACAGCCCGUCGCUGCAAUCCACGCCGAUGAACAUCACCAAUAGCAUAGGGAGCAUUUUCGCCGCUAACAAGUGGCCUCCUAGUUUUCUCAACAGCGUUAUUCACCAGCAACAACAUCAACAGCAGCAACAGCAGCAACAGCAGCAACAGCAGCAACAGUAUCAGCAACCUCCUCUUCAGGCCGCAGAUAUGACCCAAGCGCCCAGUAGAACGGGCAUCAACCUUAAGCAAAUGGCGAUGUUUUCGACAGCAGGAAUCGGCGGAGUUACUUAUGAUUUCCAUGAACUUCUUGGAUUAAAGGCUAACAACAUUUCGGCGAACAACACAAUCAAGACUCAGACUACCGCCGAAGAAGUUCUCGCUACAAUGCAAAAGCAGGAGCAACAGCAAGGGAGCGUGCACAACCAGGGCCAGCAACAGGGAGUCGAACAUGGUACUGGAAACCAAGUUCAAGGUAUAACGAACGCUAGUGAACGCCAACAGAAGCAAAGCGCUCUCGACCAAUCAGCUUCGUAUAAGGAAAAGAAUGAGACGCAGAUGGGAAUCAGCAGAGCUAAAGGCGAUUCACAGCGGGACCAAGCUGAUGCCAUGAGAGAUGCUAUAUCUUCGCACCUAGCAAUGAAUGCCACUAUAUCGCCUGCUGCUGCUCUUUCCCCCAUUACGAAAAGCACAGCAACUUCAGGAGCCGACGAAGAAUGUGGCUUACAGGCUCCGACAGCUCAAGAGGGGAAUGGAACUUCAAUUGGGAGUAAAACUAUGACCAAGUCAGCGACACAAGAUUCUACCACUACGGAAGAGUCUCAACAUGGCACUAUCGCCAGACUAGUACAACUUUCCAGUCAAGGAAGCUUGAAUUUGGUCGAUUUAAAACUAUUCCACCAUUAUUGUGUGGCGGUCUGGCCGUCUAUAAUAUCUGCUGGAAUUUCAGGGGAAAAGAUUUGGAGUGAGGAGAUUCCACUCCUUGCAUUCGACUACCCGUACUUGAUGCAUGCAUUAUUGGCCUUUAGCGCCACUCAUUUGUCCAGAAAAGAACCUGGACUUGAACAAUUUGUCGCAUCUCAUAGGCUUGACGCUUUGCGUCUUCUUCGCAAAGCGGUUUUAGAGAUUUCAGAGGACAACACCGAUGCAUUGGUCGCAAGUGCUCUCAUAUUAAUAAUGGACUCACUGGCAAAUGCGGCCACUCCAACUGCAACCGGCUCUGAAUCGCUUUCACAUACAAUGCCACCUUCAGCUUGGAUAUUCCAUGUUAAAGGUGCUGCUACGAUACUCACCGCCGUCUGGCCUUUAACAGAGAAGUCUAGGUUCUAUAACCUGAUUUCCGUUGACCUAAGCGAUUUAGGAGAUGUGAUCAACCAAGACAGCGGUACUGUAUCAGAGCUUGUAUGCUUUGACGAGUCUAUUGCUGAUUUAUAUCCAGUAGAGAUCGACUCACCCUACCUCAUUACACUUGCUUAUCUUGAUAAACUCCACAGAGAGAAGAAUCAGUCCGAUUUCAUUCUACGCAUUUUUGCAUUCCCUGCUCUGCUUGACAAGAUCUUUCUUGCCCUAUUAAUGACGGGAGAUCUUGGUGCUAUGCGAAUCAUGAGAUGCUAUUAUCAAUUGCUGCGUGGCUUCGCAAAUGAAGUAAAAGAUAAAGUGUGGUUUUUGGAAGGUGUGACUAAUGUGCUACCGCAAGACGUGGACGACUACAGCGGCGGUGGCAUGCAUAUGAUGCUGGACUUCUUGGGAGGGGGCCUACCAUCAAUGACUACUACAAAUCUUCAACCUGGUUUGAACGAUUUCAUGUAA